UCUAAACUACCAUACACCUUCCCCCAUUUGUAGGUCAGAUACAUUCUUCAUCUUUCUUCAUCACACCAACAGCUGCCUACCCCUCACUGGCUAAGCUACUAAACCCAACGCCCAAUCGACGCCACCUAAUAUUGCUCACUUCAGUUCCUCCCAUUUCUCCGGGUACAAGAAAACACAAUAAUGGCUUUUACUCGUUCUUUCUCCUCUUGUUUCUCUUCUCUUCUCUUCCUCUUCUGUCUCCUAGCUUCUUUUUCAUCCUCCACUUCUGACGCAUCAUCAUCCGACGCUCCACACACCUACAUCAUCCACGUGUCAAAAUCACAGAAGCCAUCCCACUUCGCCUCUCCCCACCACUGGUACCACUCUAUCCUCCGUUCCCUCCCUUCUUCCGUUGACCACACAACCCUCCUAUACACCUACAACUACGCCCUCCAUGGCUUCUCCGUUCGCCUAACCGCCGCGCAGGCCGCCGCCCUCCAGCGCAACCCAGCCAUCCUCUCCGUCGUGCCGGACCAAAUCCGCCACCCCCACACCACCCACACCCCUCGCUUCCUUGGCCUCGCCGAAUCCUUCGGGAUAUGGCCAGAUUCCGACUACGCUGACGACGUCAUCAUCGGAGUCCUCGACACGGGGAUCUGGCCGGAGCUCCGAAGCUUCUCCGACGACGGCCUCUCCGCCGUCCCUUCCUCCUGGAAAGGCGUGUGCGAAACUGGUUCCGACUUUCCCGCUUCCUCAUGCAACAAGAAGAUCAUAGGCGCCAGAGCCUUCUACAAAGGCUACGAGGCUUUCCGCGAGAAGCCCAUCGAUGAAUCCACAGAAUCCAAGUCUGCUAGGGACACUGAAGGCCAUGGAACGCACACUGCUUCAACCGCCGCUGGUUCCGUCGUUUCUAAUGCGAGCUUGUUCCACUAUGCACAGGGCGAAGCCAGAGGUAUGGCUACAAAGGCUAGAAUUGCAGCAUACAAGAUCUGCUGGUCAAUGGGGUGUUUUGAUUCUGAUAUUCUUGCUGCCAUGGAUCAAGCUGUUGCUGAUGGAGUCCAUGUAAUUUCCCUCUCUGUUGGUGCAAACGGUUAUGCGCCACCGUACUCUCAUGAUUCCAUCGCCGUUGGUGCUUUCGGUGCAGCGCAGCACGGCGUUCUUGUUUCUUGUUCUGCCGGCAAUUCCGGUCCCGGUCCGUUCACUGCCGUGAACAUUGCUCCCUGCUACGGCCAAGAGUUGCCUGAUUUUAAGCUUCCUUUGGUUUAUGCCUCGGAUUGUGGAAACAGGCUGUGCUACAUUGGGUCUCUAGAACCUUCCAAGGUUCAAGGAAAAAUAGUUGUUUGUGACAGGGGAGUGAAUGCUAGAGUUGAGAAAGGUAGUGCGGUGAAGCUUGCUGGUGGGUUGGGAAUGAUAUUAGCCAACACUGAAGAGAAUGGUGAGGAGCUUCUCGCGGAUGCACAUCUUCUUCCGGCAACCAUGGUGGGUCAAACCGCCGGAGACAAGAUCAAGCAAUACAUAAAAACAAGCCAAUCUCCAACUGCAACAAUAGAGUUCAGAGGCACUGUGAUUGGUUCUUCACCUUCUGCUCCACAAGUUGCUUCAUUUUCUAGCCGCGGACCGAACCAUCUCACGCCGGAGAUUCUUAAGCCGGAUGUUAUAGCCCCUGGUGUUAACAUUUUGGCAGGGUGGACUGGGAAGAUAGGACCUACUGAUUUAGAAAUUGAUCCUAGACGAGUCGAAUUCAACAUUAUUUCGGGUACUUCUAUGUCUUGCCCCCAUGCUAGUGGCAUUGCUGCAUUGCUUAGGAAGGCAUAUCCAUCUUUUACACCUGCUGCUAUAAAAUCUGCUUUGAUGACAACCGCUUAUAAUGUCGAUAACUCGGGGGGUAAAAUUAAGGAUCUUGGAACUGGUGGAGAGUCCAACCCUUUCAUUCAUGGUGCUGGACAUGUUGAUCCAAACAGGGCACUCAAUCCUGGUUUGGUUUAUGAUUUGGACAUUGAUGACUACGUUGCAUUCCUAUGCUCAAUUGGGUAUGACAAUAGGGAUAUUGCUGUUUUUGUUAGGGAGGCUCCUAGUUCAGACAUUUGUGAAACUAAAGUAGCUAGGACUGGUAAGUUAACUAGUCCCGGUGAUCUGAAUUACCCGUCUUUCGCGGUUGAGUUUGGUGCGGAUCAUGGCGAGGUUAAGUACAAACGGGUUGUUACUAACGUGGGGCGUUCGGUUGAUGCUGUUUACAAUGUGAAAGUUGUUGCUCCUCCUGGUGUCGAAGUUGUAGUAUCACCAAGCAAGCUUGUGUUUAGUGCUGAAAACAAGACACAAGCAUUUGAGGUAACGUUUACUAGAGGGGUUGGGAAUGCGGUUUCUUCAAGUUUUGGGUCCAUUGAGUGGAGUGAUGGAAGCCACAGUGUGAGGAGCCCGAUUGCUGUAAGAUGGAGAGAAGGACUCUCAGCAUCCAUUUGAGUGAACUCGAGCGUUACACGGAUCUAGCAGCAGAGGUUUCAGGUUAUGGUUUUAGUUUCUUUGUUGGUAAUUUAUGCUUGCUUAUUGUUGUACAAAAGUAUGUAAUAAUUGCUGGGUACUCUCUGUCUUGCAAUUUAAAUGCUAGCUUUGAAGUAGCAGAAGAUGAACUUGUAAUGAGUUAUGAUGGGAUCAAGUCACAUGAAGUGAUGAAAUGGCAUUGAUUAGAAUAGCGAUAGAAAAAAUAGCCGUGGUUCUGCAUGACUGCAUAUUUAUUAUGAUGAAUCAGCCAAAAUGCUAAUCACAUUUUAGUUUGUCUUGCCUUUUCUAGCA